GUCAUCGCAAUAACAUCUGUAGGCUAUUAAAUAAAACUAGUGGAUGAAGGGUUACUGUUUACCUAGUAAUCUACGUUUUUAUAAAAGAAAAUGUUACGCAGCUUGUGUAGUCGGCUGGAGCCACUUAAUUUAGUAUGUGGCUACACGCGUGCGAUGUCGGCAUAUCCGCCACAUUAUAUUGAAGCCAUAUUCUCCAAAAAGCAACAGCUCAGCCUGAAGGAAACUGAUGAGUACAUCAAGCUCUCGCAUUUGCCGGUAAGAGCGGCCAAGAACGAUGAUUCGGAGUCAAUUUUUCAUAACAAAUUGGUAAACAAAAUGAUAAAUUAUAUAACGAAAGGUGGAAACAAGAAGCUAGCACGAGAACUGCUUACAAAGUCGUUUGAAUGUAUCAAACGCAUACAAAUUGAACGCAUAAACUUAAAUGCCGAUGCGAAAAAUACAAUAACAGCCGACCCUGAGCAGUUGCUAAUUAAGGCGAUAGAGAACAGUCGCCCAUUAUUACAGUUGACUGCAAUUAAGCGAGGUGGCGUCAAGUAUCAAGUACCCGUGCCAGUGACUGAGAAGCGGUCAUAUUUUUUAGCCAUGAAAUGGAUUCUCGAAGCAGCUAGAGAAAAGGAGAGAAAGGUACAUUUACCAGAAAAGUUGGCAUGGGAAGUGCUAGAUGCUGCAUAUAAUCAAGGACGGGUAGUCAAAAGGAAGAAUGAUUUACAUCGCCAAUGCGAAAGCAAUCGGGCUUAUGCACAUUACAGAUGGAGUUAGAAAGUUGCUAUUAAAUGUAGUGCCUUUUGUUUAAA